AUGGGUGAUUCAUUGGACGGCUCUGGGGAACCAUCUCCUGAAUCCCAAAACGUCGCAAUAAUCGAUUAUUCCACAUUCACUUAUUAUCUUUGUAAAAUCGUGAUGAUUCUUCUUCCGGACGAUGAUGUACCACCCGUUUUCAACCUGGCUCUUGAAGACAAGAAUAGUCAAGAGUCUAUUCGAAAAUUUGUAAGCGAUUCACAAGUUUGGGCACUCUAUAUUCAGAGAAGCUCAAGCAAAGAAGAAGACAAUGGCGAGGGUGACGAUGAAAAAGAAAAUGCUGUAUACUACAUUUCAAAUGAGAUUUAUUUCACAAGUCCUAGAGUGGCUUCUUUGGUUCUAAUAAAACGUGGUGCUGUGGUAGAAGCUGAUAAAUCCAUUCAUCCUCAACUGCGGAUUGUAACACUAUCUGACGGACCAGCUUAUGAAACUUUACAUGCCAUUAGUAAGACAAUGGCACCGUAUUUUAAGAGUUACGUAAAGGAAACUGGCAGAGCAGAUAGAGAUGGUGAUAAAAUGGCUCCAUCUGUUGAAAAAAAAAUAGCAGAACUUGAAAUGGGACUUUUGCAUCUGCAACAAAACAUAGAUAUUCCAGAAAUUUCUCUACCUGUUCAUCCAGUAGUCCUGCAGGUGAUAAAACAGUGUUCUGAUGAGGGUAGAAAACCGAAGGUUGCGGACUUUGGUGAUAAAGUGGAAGAUUCAACGUUCCUAAAUCAAUUGCAAAAUGGAGUGAACAGAUGGAUUAAAGAAAUUCAGAAGGUUACAAAAUUAAAUCGAGAUCCAGAAUCCGGUACAGCUUUGCAAGAAAUUUCAUUUUGGCUGAAUCUCGAAAGAGCAUUGCAUCGUAUUCAAGAAAGACGGGAAAGUCUGGAAAUCUCAUUAACUCUUGACAUACUGAAACAUGGAAAACGUUUCCAUGCAACUGUUAGUUUCGACACCGACACAGGUUUAAAACAAGCUCUGGCUACAGUAAAUGAUUACAAUCCACUAAUGAAAGAUUUUCCUAUUAAUGACCUUUUAUCAGCAACUGAGCUUGAAAGAAUUCGCUUAGCUGUUCAACAGAUUUUUACACAUCUAAGAAAAAUUCGAAGUACUAAAUAUCCAAUACAAAGAGUCUUAAGAUUAGUGGAAGCAAUUUCGAGAGAUUUAGGACAGCAAUUACUGAAGGUCCUUGGAACGCGAAGAUUGAUGCAUAUUCCAUUUGAUGAUUUUGAGAAAGUGAUGAGUCAAUGUUUUGAAGUAUUUAAUACGUGGGACGAUGAAUACGAUAAAUUGACAGGUUUAUUAAGGGAUGUUGUUAAAAAAAAGCGAGAUGAACAUAUGAAAAUGGUAUGGAGGGUAUCACCUGCUCAUAAAAAGCUUCAAACUAGAAUGGAGCAUAUGCGUCGAUUUCGGCGUCAACACGAGCAAUUAAGAACCGUUAUUGUUCGUGUACUAAGACCCACUGUGAGACAAAAUAGCAAUUCAAGUAUGGAGAACGCUGACAGCGAUAGUGUUAAAGUCGAAUUUGCUUUAGAUGCUGCUGAUGCCAAUGCAAUUGGAGAAGUUAACUUGGCUUACGAAAAUGUGAAGGAAGUAGAUUGUUUGGAUAUCACGAAAGAAGGUUUGGAAUCUUGGGAAGCUGCUGUACAUAGAUACGAGGAACGAAUUGAACGCGUCGAAGCAAGAAUAACAGCGCAUCUGAGAGAUCAGCUGGGUACAGCUAAAAAUGCAAAUGAAAUGUUCAGAAUCUUCUCUAGAUUUAAUGCUCUCUUUGUCAGACCACAUAUUCGAGGAGCUAUAAGAGAAUAUCAAACACAAUUAAUACAAAGAGUGAAAGACGAUAUCGAAGCUUUGCACGAGAAGUUUAAGGUUCAAUAUGCUCAAAGUAAAUGCUGUAGAAUGAGUAUGAUAAGAGAUCUUCCACCUGUUGCUGGCUCCAUUAUUUGGGUUAAACAAAUUGAUUACCAGUUAACUAUGUAUUUAAAGCGCGUAGAAGAUGUGUUAGGUAAGGGAUGGGAAAAUCACAUCGAAGGACAAAAAUUAAAAGCAGAUGGCGAUAGUUUCCGCACAAAACUUUCAACUCAAGAAAUUUUUGAUGAAUGGGCUCGUAAAGUACAACAACGCAACAUUGGUGUUACGGGGCGAAUAUUCACAAUAGAAAGUGUUCGCUCUCGUUCAGGCCGUGGGAAUGUACUGAAACUUAAGGUCAACUUUCUACCUGAAAUUAUCACUCUUUCUAAGGAAGUAAGAAAUCUGAAAAAUCUUGGGUUCCGCGUACCUCUGGCAAUUGUAAAUAAAGCGCACCAAGCGAAUCAACUUUAUCCAUUCGCAAUUAGCCUGAUUGAAAGUAUUCGGACCUACGAGAGAACUUUAGAAAAGAUUGAAGAUAAGGCUAGUAUCAUCCCUUUAGUGGCUGGAAUGCGAAAAGAAGUAUUGGGACUUAUUUCAGAGGGCAUAGCGCUCGUGUGGGAAAGCUACAAACUAGACCAGUAUGUGCAGCGUCUUUCUGAUGUUGUAGUUUCAUUUCAAGAAAAAGUUGAAGAUCUUUUGGUCGUUGAAGAGCAGUUAGACAUUGAUGUUAGGUCCUUGGAAACAUGCCCAUAUUCUGCAAAUACAUUUGCUGAUAUUUUGUCUAAAAUUCAAAAAUCUGUGGACGAAUUGUCUUUGAAGAAUUACUCAAAUUUGCAUAUUUGGGUGGCUAAGCUCGAUGAAGAAGUAGAGAGAAAUUUAGCUGCUCGUUUAGAAGCUGGCAUAAAGGCAUGGACAGAUGCUCUUAUGGGACAGAAAAAAGAAAUUGACUUAAGUAUGGACACAGAUGCUCCUACGCAACCAACGCAUAAACCAGGCGGGGAUCCAAAAAUUCAAAAUCAAAUCCAUGAAGUUCGAAUCACAAACCAAACGAUGUACUUGUAUCCGAGUAUCGAAGAUGCUAGAUUUCAGAUAAUGCAGCAAUUAUUUGCAUGGCAAGCAAUUGUUACAUCACAAGUACGACUUCAGAGUUCGAGAUAUCAUGUGGGUCUUGAUAAGCCCGAAUCUGGAACGUACAGAAAUCUACUUACAAAAUUACCUAUUGGAAAGCAACCACUAGAAGCUGCUUAUGAUGCCAUAGAAUCUAAAAUGAAAGAUGUUGCUGACUAUGUAGAUCAGUGGUUAAGAUACCAAGCACUGUGGGACCUCCAGCCUGACAAUCUGUACGGCAAACUUGGAGAAGAUAUCAAUUUAUGGAUGAAAUGCCUCAAUGAUAUAAAAAAGACAAGGACUACCUUUGACACUUCAGAUACAAGAAGAGAAUUUGGCCCAGUUGUAAUUGAUUUUGCCAAAGUUCAAAGUAAAGUUUCAUUAAAAUAUGAUUCCUGGCAUAAAGAAACUCUAGGAAAAUUUGGAACGCUUCUUGGAAACGAAAUGACUACUUUCCAUGCACAAGUUUCAAAAUCCCGAAGCGAUCUCGAACAACAAUCGAUUGAAGCUGCAAGUACAUCUGACGCUGUUGGCUUCAUAACCUAUGUUCAAUCUCUCAAGCGGAAAAUGAAAGCAUGGGAGAAGCAAGUUGACAUAUACCGAGAGGGUCAGAGGAUUUUAGAGCGACAAAGAUUUCAGUUCCCUACUUCGUGGUUACAUGUUGAUAACAUAGAAGGGGAAUGGGGAGCGUUUAAUGAAAUUAUCAAGCGAAAAGAUACGAGUAUACAAACUCAGGUAGCUUCUUUGCAGAUCAAAAUUGUUGCAGAAGACAAAGCAGUGGAAACAAGAACUACGGAUUUCCUAAAUGAUUGGGAAAAAGGAAAACCUGUCGAAGGUCAUUUACGACCCGAUGAUGCAUUGCAGCAGUUACAAUUAUUUGAGAGUAAAUUUGCUAGGCUGAAAGAAGAGAGGGAUAAUGUCGCGAAAGCGAAAGAGGCUCUGGAAUUACAAGAACCCGGAACCGUAUCUGUAAGCGAAGAUAGAAUGCAAGUAGUCUUUGAAGAACUACAAGAUUUAAGAGGAGUAUGGUCAGAAUUAUCAAGAAUUUGGACACAGAUUGAUGAAACAAGAGAGAAACCGUGGUUGUCUGUCCAACCCCGGAAGUUACGUCAACAACUAGAUACUAUGAUGAGCCAAUUAAAAGAGCUUCCGGCGAGGCUGAGACAAUAUUCCUCCUAUGAGUACGUGAAGAAAAUGUUACAAAGUUAUACAAAAGUUAAUAUGCUGAUUGUUGAACUCAAGUCCGAUGCUUUAAAGGAGAGGCAUUGGAAACAACUGACAAAACAACUAAGAGUCAACUGGGUCCUUAGCGAACUUACUCUUGGUCAAGUGUGGGAUGUUAACUUACAAAAAAAUGAAGGAACCGUCAAAGAUAUUAUAUUAGUGGCUCAAGGAGAAAUGGCUUUGGAAGAGUUCUUGAAACAAGUUCGCGAAUCAUGGCAAUCGUAUGAAUUGGACCUAAUAAACUAUCAAAACAAAUGUCGUCUAAUUCGAGGCUGGGACGAUUUGUUUAACAAGGUCAAGGAACACAUCAAUUCUGUUGCCGCUAUGAAGUUAUCCCCAUAUUAUAAAGUCUUUGAAGAAGAAGCUUUGACGUGGGAAGAAAAGUUGAACAGAAUAAACGCUCUCUUUGACGUGUGGAUUGAUGUUCAACGUCGUUGGGUUUAUUUAGAAGGUAUAUUUUCCGGUAGUGCGGAUAUAAAAACACUACUCCCAGUAGAAACUUCGCGAUUUCAAAGUAUCAGUUCUGAAUUUCUUGGUCUAAUGAAAAAAGUAUCAAAAUCUCCAAUGGUUAUGGACGUCCUAAAUAUUCCCGGUGUCCAGAGAGCAUUAGAACGCCUUGCUGAUCUUCUUGGUAAAAUACAAAAAGCUCUUGGAGAGUACCUUGAAAGAGAAAGAACAUCUUUUCCAAGGUUUUACUUUGUUGGUGAUGAAGACUUGCUUGAAAUUAUCGGAAAUAGUAAAAAUGUCGCCAGAUUACAAAAACAUUUCAAAAAGAUGUUCGCUGGAGUAGCUGCUAUUCUUUUGAAUGAAGAUAACACAGUUAUCACUGGAAUCGCAUCUCGUGAAGGGGAAGAAGUAAAAUUUCAAAAUUCUGUAUCAACUACUGAAUAUCCAAAGAUCAAUGAAUGGUUAACUCUUGUCGAAAAGGAAAUGCGAGUAACACUUGCUUCCAGUCUUGCUAAAGCCGUACAAGAUAUCAAGCAGUUCAAGGAAGGGAACAUUAAUGCACAAGCGUUUAUGACAUGGUGUGAUAACUAUCAAGCACAAAUAAUUGUAUUGGCCGCUCAAAUUUUAUGGUCCGAAGAUGUUGAAGCAGCGUUGCAUGAAGCUCAAGCUGAUGUGUCUAACAAUCCUUUGGAAAAAGUUUUAUAUCAAGUUGAAGGAACUUUAAAUGUUUUAGCGGAUUCUGUACUGCAAGAGCAACCUUCACUCAGACGAAAAAAAUUGGAACAUUUAAUCAACGAAUUUGUACAUAAGCGUACAGUUACUAGAAGACUUAUAGCGAAUACAGUAUCUAAUCCAAAAGCCUUCGAAUGGCUUUGCGAAAUGAGAUUUUAUUUUGAUCCUAGACAAACAGAAGUUCUUCAACAACUGACGAUACACAUGGCCAAUGCAAAAUUCUACUAUGGUUUUGAAUAUCUGGGGGUACAAGAUAGGCUAGUACAGACUCCAUUAACAGAUAGGUGCUAUUUAACAAUGACUCAGGCUUUAGAAGCUCGUCUUGGAGGAUCGCCAUUCGGACCUGCAGGAACAGGAAAAACCGAGUCAGUAAAGGCGUUGGGACAUCAACUCGGAAGAUUUGUCUUAGUAUUCAAUUGUGAUGAAACCUUUGACUUUCAGGCGAUGGGACGUAUAUUUGUGGGUCUUUGUCAAGUUGGUGCUUGGGGAUGUUUCGAUGAAUUCAAUCGCUUAGAAGAACGGAUGCUGUCUGCUGUAUCACAGCAAGUGCAAACUAUACAAGAAGCUCUAAAGAGUCAAAUGGAAGGGAAAAAAGAAGGAACACUGUGCGUUGAGUUGGUCGGAAAGCAAGUGAAAGUUUCGACUGAUAUGGCGAUCUUCAUCACAAUGAAUCCAGGUUAUGCUGGACGAUCUAAUUUACCAGAUAAUUUAAAGAAAUUGUUUAGAUCUCUAGCGAUGACUACUCCCGAUCGACAGCUAAUCGCCGAAGUUAUGCUCUUCAGUCAAGGAUUCCGGACUGCCGAAAAAUUAGCAUGCAAAAUUGUACCUUUUUUCAAAUUAUGUGACGAACAAUUAUCCAAUCAAUCUCAUUAUGACUUUGGUCUGCGAGCACUUAAGUCUGUUUUAAUUUCUGCUGGAAACGUAAAGCGUGACAGAAUUCAGAAAAUUAAGGAGGGUAUGAGAAGUCGUGGCGAUGUAGAUAUAGAUGAAGCUUCGAUUGCCGAAAAUUUACCUGAGCAAGAAAUUCUAAUUCAAUCCGUAUGUGAAACAAUGGUACCAAAGCUAGUGGCUGAAGAUAUUCCACUGUUAUUUAGUUUGUUGAACGAUGUCUUUCCAAAUGUAGGGUACACACGUGCGGAAAUGAAAGGUUUGAAAGAUCAAAUCCGAAAAGUCUGCGCUGAAGAAUACCUUGUUUGUGGUGAAGGUGAUGAGCAAGGAGGACCCUGGCAAGAAAAAGAGAUGAUCGGUGAGACUUGGAUACAAAAGGUUUUGCAACUUUAUCAAAUCUGCAAUCUCAAUCACGGAUUAAUGAUGGUCGGCCCAAGUGGUUCUGGAAAAAGCAUGGCAUGGAAAGUAUUGUUAAAAGCCUUGGAAAGGUUUGAGGGAAUUGAAGGAGUAGCUCAUGUAAUUGAUCCAAAAGCAAUUAGUAAAGAAACUUUGUAUGGUAUAUUGGAUCCAAAUACUCGGGAAUGGACAGACGGAUUAUUUACACACAUUCUCAGAAAAAUCAUAGACAAUGUUAGAGGGGAAAUAAAUAAAAGACAGUGGAUCAUAUUUGAUGGCGACGUUGAUCCAGAAUGGGUAGAGAAUUUAAAUUCCGUACUCGAUGAUAAUAAACUUCUUACCUUACCGAACGGUGAACGGCUUAGUCUACCACCAAAUGUAAGAGUUAUGUUUGAAGUACAAGAUUUAAAAUAUGCCACUUUAGCAACUGUUUCUCGGUGUGGCAUGGUUUGGUUCUCAGAAGACGUUUUAUCAACAGAAAUGAUAUUUGAAAAUUAUAUCUUAAGAUUGAAAAACAUUCCCUUGGCAGAAGGGGACGAAGAGAGUAUAACGAAAAAAACGUCAGAUAAGGAGGACUCAUUGUCUCCAGCACUUUCUGUUCAACGAGAAGUAACGUGUAUUUUACAAAGUUACUUUGCACCUGAUGGAUUGGUUGUCAGAUGCUUGGAGUAUGCUAUGCGUCAAGAACAUAUAAUGGAUUUCACAAGAUUGCGCGCUCUGAGUUCCCUCUUUUCAAUGCUCAAUCAAGCUGUUCGCAAUGUUUUGCUGUAUAAUCAUACACAUAUUGACUUUCCAUUACCAAGUGAACAAUUAGAACGCUAUAUGCCAAAAUGCCUUGUUUAUGCUUUGUUAUGGAGCUUCGCUGGUGAUGCUAAAUUAAAAGUCAGAUCUGAUGUAGGAGAUUUUAUUAGAUCUAUAACUACCGUUCCUUUACCUGUCCAAAAUAAUGUACCCAUAAUAGAUUUUGAAGUUAAUAUCCACGGCGAAUGGUUACCGUGGAGUAAUAAAGUACCACAAAUCGAAGUAGAAACACAUAAAGUAGCAAGUCCAGAUAUCGUCGUUCCUACUUUAGACACUGUGAGACAUGAAAGUUUGCUCUACACUUGGUUAGCUGAACACAAACCACUUGUUCUAUGUGGACCUCCUGGAUCAGGUAAGACUAUGACUCUUUUCUCGGCCUUGCGAGCCCUUCCAGACAUGGAAAUUGUUGGACUGAAUUUCUCUUCUGCUACGACUCCAGAACUCUUAUUAAAAACUUUUGAUCACUAUUGCGAAUACCGCAAAACCCCAAAUGGCGUUGUUCUUUCUCCAGUACAGCUUGGAAAAUGGCUUGUACUAUUUUGUGAUGAAAUUAAUUUACCAGACAUGGACAAUUACGGAACGCAGAGAGUUAUAUCUUUUUUAAGGCAAUUAGUAGAACAUAGAGGUUUCUACCGCACCAACGAUCAAACGUGGGUAUCUUUGGAAAGAAUUCAGUUUGUUGGUGCUUGUAAUCCACCUACUGAUCCUGGUAGAAAACCUUUAAGUCAUAGAUUCUUGCGCCAUGUACCAGUGAUAUACGUUGAUUAUCCUGGUGAAACAUCACUUAAACAGAUUUAUGGAACAUUUACACGGGCAAUGCUAAGAUUAACUCCUUCCUUAAGGGGGUAUUCAGAAUCUUUAACAAAUGCCAUGGUGGAGUUUUACUUGGCCUCUCAAGAAAGAUUUACGCAAGACAUGCAGCCUCACUACGUCUAUUCUCCUCGGGAAAUGACUCGGUGGGUUCGAGGUAUUUGUGAAGCAAUUAGACCUUUAGACAACUUGUCUGUGGAAGGAUUAGUUCGACUUUGGGCGCACGAAGCCCUACGUUUAUUCCAAGAUAGACUGGUUGAUGAUACUGAACGCGUUUGGACUAAUACAAAUAUAGACGUGGUAGCUACGAAACAUUUCAUUGGCGUUGACAAAGAGAAGGCACUAUCUAGGCCAAUAUUGUAUAGUAAUUGGCUUUCUAAAGAUUACGUUCCAGUAAACAGACAAGAAUUAAGGGAUUACGUAAGAGCCAGGCUCAAAGUUUUCUACGAAGAAGAGUUAGAUGUCCCUUUAGUUCUUUUCGAUGAAGUCUUAGAACAUGUUCUACGAAUUGACAGAAUAUUUCGCCAACCUCAGGGUCACUUGCUACUGAUUGGAGUUUCAGGUGCUGGUAAAACUACGUUAUCUAGAUUUGUCGCAUGGAUGAACGGACUAUCUAUUUUUCAAAUAAAGGUUCACAAUAAGUACACUGGUGAGGACUUUGAUGAAGAUUUACGUCAAGUUUUAAGAAGAUCAGGCUGCAAAGAUGAGAAAAUAGCCUUUAUCCUCGACGAAUCAAAUGUUCUUGAUUCGGGCUUCCUCGAACGCAUGAAUACUUUACUAGCUAAUGGAGAAGUUCCAGGUUUAUUCGAAGGAGACGAAUAUACUACACUCAUGACUCAGUGUAAAGAAGGAGCUCAAAGAGAAGGUCUUAUGUUAGAUUCCAAUGAAGAACUGUAUAAAUGGUUUACUGGGCAGGUCAUGAAAAAUUUGCAUGUUGUAUUUACAAUGAACCCGAGCACUGAUGGUCUUAAAGAUAGGGCUGCAACUUCACCAGCACUUUUUAAUAGGUGUGUGUUAAAUUGGUUUGGAGAUUGGUCUGACAAUGCGUUGUUUCAAGUUGGAAAAGAGUUCACAAGUCGUGUUGACUUGGAAAGACCGUUAUGGAAAUAUCCAGACUUCUUUCCUGCAGUUUGUUCCCUGAUUUCUGCACAACCAUCUCAUAGAGACGCUGUCAUAAAUUCCUGUGUUUAUGUCCACCAAACACUGCAUAAAGCAAACGCUCGAUUAGCAAAAAGGGGAAGUAGAACAAUGGCAAUAACCCCUCGACAUUAUCUAGAUUUCAUUAAUCACUUUGUUAAGCUUUACCAAGAAAAGCGAAGUGAUUUAGAAGAGCAGCAAUUACAUUUGAAUGUUGGAUUGAGUAAGAUAGCGGAAACUGUAGAACAAGUUGAGGAAAUGCAAAAAAGUUUAGCUGUUAAAUCCCAGGAGUUGCAAGCUAAAAAUGAAGCUGCAAAUGCGAAACUGAGGCAGAUGGUUAAAGAUCAGCAAGAAGCAGAAAAAAAGAAGGUUCAAAGUCAAGAAAUUCAACAGCAACUCGCUAUUCAAACAGUAGCAAUUGAUCAAAAAAGAGAAGAUGUCAUGGCAGAUUUAGCACAAGUAGAACCAGCCGUUAUUGAUGCACAAACUGCGGUGAAAUCAAUUAAAAAACAACAUUUGGUGGAGGUGCGAUCAAUGGCGAACCCACCUGCCGUCGUUAAGGUUGCUUUGGAAUCUAUUUGUCUACUACUUGGUGAGAAUGCAAGUGACUGGAAAUCAAUUCGUGCUGUUAUCAUGAGGGACAAUUUUAUCAACACUAUUGUCUCUAAUUUUAGUACAGAGGAUAUCUCAGAUGAUGUAAGAGAAAAAAUGAAAAGCCGUUACCUUUGCAAUCCUGAUUAUAAUUUUGAAAAAGUGAAUCGCGCCAGCAUGGCUUGUGGACCUAUGGUAAAAUGGGCUAUAGCGCAGAUUGAGUAUGCUGAUAUGUUAAAACGAGUUGAACCCUUAAGAGACGAGUUACAUUCUCUGGAAUGCCAAGCAGAAACUAAUAAAUUAAAAGGCGAAGAAGUAAAAAAUCUUAUUGCUCAACUGGAACAAAGUAUCGCGUCUUACAAAGAAGAAUACGCACAACUAAUUUCGCAGGCACAAGCUAUAAAAACUGAUUUGGAAAAUGUUCAAGGAAAAGUUGAUCGAUCAAUUGCUUUAUUAAAAUCAUUGGUAAUUGAAAGAGAAAGAUGGGAAGCGACUAGUGAAACAUUCAGAAGUCAAAUGUCGACAAUAAUUGGCGACGUUCUUCUAUCAUCUGCAUUUUUAGCUUAUGCUGGAUACUUUGAUCAACACUAUCGGCAGAAUUUAUUUACAACUUGGUGUCAACACUUGCAACAUGCAAAUAUUCAAUUCCGAUCCGACAUAGCAAGAACGGAAUAUCUAUCUAAUCCGGAUGAACGCCUGCGCUGGCAAGCAAAUGCAUUGCCAACUGAUGAUUUAUGCACCGAAAAUGCUAUAAUGCUGAAACGCUUCAACAGAUAUCCCUUGAUAAUCGAUCCGUCUGGACAAGCAACAGAGUUUAUUCUGAACGAAUUUAAAGAUCGCAAAAUCACAAAAACCAGUUUUCUUGAUGAUUCGUUCAGAAAGAAUUUGGAAAGUGCUUUGAGAUUUGGUAAUCCUUUACUAGUACAAGAUGUAGAAAAUUAUGAUCCAGUCUUAAAUCCUGUAUUGAACAGAGAAUUAAGACGCACAGGUGGCCGCGUAUUAAUUACACUCGGCGAUCAAGAUAUCGAUUUGUCGCCAUCUUUUGUUAUCUUCCUAUCUACGAGAGAUCCAACCGUUGAAUUUCCACCAGACAUAUGUUCUCGUGUAACUUUUGUAAACUUCACUGUUACAAGAAGUUCCUUGCAAAGUCAAUGUUUGAAUCAAGUGCUGAAAGCAGAACGACCAGAUAUUGACGAAAAAAGAUCUGAUCUACUUAAGUUGCAAGGAGAAUUCCACUUAAGAUUGAGACAGUUAGAAAAGUCAUUGCUUCAAGCAUUAAAUGACGCUAAAGGCAAAAUUUUAGAUGAUGAUUCUGUUAUUACAACAUUGGAAACUUUAAAGCAAGAAGCUGCUGAUAUUAGUAAAAAAGUAGAGGAAACGGACAAAGUCAUUGCAGAAAUCGAAACUGUGUCUCAGCAGUACUUACCUCUUUCUCAAGCAUGUUCGAAUAUGUAUUUCACUAUGGACAGCUUGAAUCAAAUUCAUUUUCUGUACCAAUAUUCUUUGAAAAUGUUCUUAGAUAUUUUUACUUCUGUCCUCUCUCAGAAUACAAAAUUAACAACGUUAUCGGAUUAUACACAACGACUUUCUAUAAUUACAAGCGAUCUUUUCUCUGCUUGUUAUGAACGAGUCGCUAGAGGCAUGUUACAUACAGAUAGACUCACCUUUUCUCUUUUAUUAUGUCGCAUCCAUUUGAAAGGAUUUGCUACGGAGUCAACAUAUGACAGUGAGUUUGCUUUUUUUUUACGUGGAAAGGAAGGUGUUCUCAAUAUACGCGGUCAGCAAAUACCAUGCCUUAGCUCUGAACAGCAAGAAGCUAUGAUGCGUUUAAGCUUAAGACUUCCAGCGUUUAAAAGACUGUCAGAUGUUAUUCAACAAAACACUGACUUGAGUAAUUGGUUGCAAUGCCCUACACCGGAGACUUGUGUUCCUAAGCUUUGGGAGGAAGAAAAACCUUUGUCUCCCAUCGGAACAGCUAUGUAUCAGUUGUUAGUUAUUCAAGCUUUCAGACCGGAUAGAGUCAUAGCUGCCGCAUCACUAUUUGUGAGUUCUGCCUUAGGCGAAACGUUUAUGGCUGCUGCAGAAGCCGAAUUGGAUUUCGGGUCUGUUGUUGAAAAUCAACUGAAGGCAACAGUACCUGCCUUGUUGUGUUCAAUUCCUGGAUUCGAUGGAUCUAGUAGAGUUGAUGAUCUAGCAGCAGAACUGGGAAAACAAAUUGCCAGUAUAGCCAUUGGAUCAGCAGAAGGAUUUCAUCAAGCGGAUAGAGCUAUAAAUAUGGCUGUUAAAGCCGGUAGAUGGGUACUUUUGAAGAACGUUCAUCUUGCUCCACAAUGGUUGGUGCAACUCGAAAAGAAGUUACAUAGUUUGCAACCGCAUGCGAACUUCCGGCUAUUUCUUACUAUGGAAAUAAACCCUAAGGUGCCUGUUAAUUUAUUACGGGCUGGUCGAAUAUUCGUUUUUGAGCCACCCCCAGGUAUAAGAGCGAAUUUACUACGCACAUUCAGCACUGUCCCUGCUUCACGAAUGAUGAAGGCUCCCAGCGAGAGAGCCAGAUUAUACUUUCUUCUUGCAUGGUUUCAUUCUAUUGUUCAAGAGAGGCUUCGUUACGUACCACUUGGAUGGGCCAAGUAUUAUGAAUUCAACGAAAGUGAUUUACGAGUUGCCUGUGACACUCUAGAUACUUGGAUAGAUGCAACUGCAAUGGGCAGGACUAAUCUGCCACCAGAGAAAGUACCCUGGGAUGCAUUAGUUACCCUUCUCUCUCAGUGUAUUUAUGGUGGAAAAAUCGAUAAUGAUUUCGAUCAACGUUUGCUGGCCUCGUUCCUUCGUAAACUGUUUACACCAAGAUCAUUUGAAGCUGAUUUUGCUCUUGUAGCCAAUAUUGAUGGAGGUCAAGGAAAUCAACGGCAUAUAACAAUGCCUGAUGGCACCAGAAGAGAUCAUUUCUUAAAAUGGAUCGAAUCAUUAUCUGAUAGGCAGACUCCUUCAUGGCUUGGAUUACCAAACAAUGCUGAGAAGGUUUUACUAACAACUAGAGGUACCGAUUUGGUCUCUAAACUUUUGAAAAUGCAACAGCUGGAAGACGAAGAUGAAUUGGCAUAUUCUAAUGAAGAAUCAUUGGAUAUGCCACGAGAAGCUGAGGGUGAUGGGCGACCAUCAUGGAUGAGAACUUUGUACAAUUCCGCUACAACUUGGUUGCAGUUGCUUCCUAAAAAUUUGCCGAUUCUAAAAAGAACCGUGGAAAACAUUAAAGAUCCGCUUUAUAGAUAUUUUGAACGUGAGGUAAACAGUGGUUCCAAAUUACUUUUGGACAUUAUACAUGACUUGGAAGACGUCGUACUAAUUUGUCAGGGUGAGAAGAAACAAACGAAUUAUCAUAGAACGAUAUUGUCUGAAUUGAUCAAAGGCAUUUUACCUGGUGGCUGGAGAAGAUACACAGUACCCAGAGGAUGCACUGUGAUACAAUGGAUUACGGAUUUUAGUCACAGAGUCUCUCAGUUGCAAGAGGUUUCAAGAUUAGUGUCACAAGGCGGAGCAAAAGAGAUUAAGAGUUUUCCUGUUUGGCUUGGUGGUUUGUUGAAUCCGGAAGCGUACAUUACUGCCACUAGACAAUGCAUCGCUCAAGCAAAUAGUUGGUCGCUUGAAGAACUUCAUUUAGAUGUGAUGAUCGGUGAUGGUGAUAAUAUAGCGACAGAUGAUUGUUCGUUUGCAGUUACUGGACUUAAGUUGCAAGGUGCACAGUGUAAGGAUAAUCAACUGUAUCUAACAUCCACGAUUAUGACUGAUUUACCCAUGACGAUGCUAAGGUGGAGUCGUUCUUCGACAGAAGAUAUUAAGAAAGGAAAAUUAUCACUACCGGUCUAUUUGAAUAGCACAAGAACAGAUCUAUUAUUUAAGGUAGACUUGAAUAUAGCUCCAAGUCAAGAUCCACAUAGCUUUUAUGAAAGAGGAGUUGCAGUUCUGACGUCUACUGCACUUAAUUAAUGAAUGUUUGUUACUAACAAUUAGUCUUAAGUAUAUUUCAUUUAAG